AUGCACGAUUUCCACUCAAAGGAAAAUGGGGCUGAAGGUGUUGAUUUCAUUGCUGUAUCUUUUGUCAAGUCUGCUGAAGUGAUCAAUCACCUUAAAAGCUAUAUUGCAGCACGGUCUCGCGAUAUUUCUGUUGUGGCAAAGAUAGAAAGUAUUGACUCUCUAAAGAACUUGGAAGAGAUCAUCCUUGCAUCAGAUGGAGCAAUGGUAGCAAGAGGUGACCUAGGUGCUCAGAUACCAUUGGAACAGGUCCCAUCAGCCCAACAAAAGAUUGUUCAAGUAUGUCGGCAGCUAAAUAAGCCAGUCAUUGUUGCUUCUCAACUACUCGAAUCUAUGAUCGAGUAUCCUACACCCACUAGAGCUGAAGUGGCUGAUGUUUCUGAAGCCGUGAGGCAGCGAGCUGAUGCUCUGAUGCUUUCUGGUGAGUCAGCUAUGGGCCAGUUCCCAGAUAAGUCAUUAGCUGUUCUCAGAAGUGUCAGUUUGAGGAUCGAGAGGUGGUGGAGGGAAGAGAAACGUCAUGAACCUAUGUUACUCCCAGCUAUUGGAUCAUCAUUUUCAGACAGUAUAUCGGAGGAGCUUUGUAUUUCUGCUGCCAAGAUGGGUAAGCAUUCUUUGAUUGAUAUCUGUUAUUAGCUUUGGUAAAUAUGU